AUGGCUUCUUCAAUCCGGCCUCGUCUUCGCAUAUCAGCCUUGUCAAAAUGUCGGCCCAGGCACAUAUCCCUCCCGCAGCUACCAGCACGGCAGCAAAGGGCUCUUAGCAACAGGAGACCCCCCAAUCCUCACGAUGCGCCCAAGGGUGUCUGGGCUCCAAAAACAAGACUCGCCUUUGGCGUAGUAUUCAUUGGAGCCAUGGUUUACUCCAUGGCGACUGGUACCCCAACGAAGCUGGAGGCGCCCUCGAUUGCAGAGCGGGACAAGCUAGCGAAGCACGAGAACGGCAUCACAGAGAACUCGCCGAUGCGCCUACGGAUGGAGCGCUUUAUAAAAGAGCAGCAAAAGCAGAUCGUGAAAGAACUAGAGGAGAUUGAUGGCAAGAAGUUCCAGAUUGAUACCUGGACGCGGGAAAGUGGUGGCGGUGGCAUCUCCAGCGUUUUGCAGGACGGGAAUGUUUUCGAGAAAGCCGGCGUGAAUAUCAGCGUCGUCUAUGGAACCCUCCCUCGGCCGGCCAUCGAGAAGAUGAGAGUCAAUCACAAGGCCAUCGAUCCCGAUGUCACCUCCCUAGAUUUCUUCGCCACCGGGCUCAGCAUGGUUCUCCAUCCGCAUAACCCCAUGGCACCCACAGUCCACCUCAACUACCGCUAUUUCGAGACGGAGAACCCAGACGGAACCGUGAAUGCUUGGUGGUUUGGAGGCGGCACGGAUCUCACGCCCUGCUACCUCUUUGACGAAGAUGCCAUUCAUUUCCACAAGACCAUCAAGGACGCCUGCGACAAGCACGACAAGUCCUACUAUCCCCGCUUCAAGAAGUGGUGCGAUAAAUAUUUCUACAACAAGCACCGGAACGAAUGUCGGGGCGUUGGUGGCAUCUUCUUCGACGACCUCGACGAACACGAGAAGGGUCAAGAAGAUGCAUUCUCCUUUAUACAAACCGCCCUAAAAGCCUUCCUGCCCUCAUACAUCCCCAUUAUCACAAAGAGGAAGGAUAUGCCGUUCACGGAACAGGAGAAACUAUGGCAGCAGCUGCGUCGCGGUAGAUAUGUGGAGUUUAACCUUGUGCAUGACAGGGGUACCUCUUUUGGCUUGAAUACUCCUAAUGCCCGGGUGGAGAGCAUUUUGAUGAGCUUGCCUCUAACGGCCGGAUGGAGGUAUAUGCAUGAGCCUGAGAAGGGGAGUAGGGAGCAGAGACUGGUUGAUGUCUUAAGGGAGCCGAGGGAAUGGGUUUGA